GGUGGACUAGCAAACUACGGUCUAAUUUCAAAAACAAGCUGUUAGUUCGUCAGGAGUGGAGAUUGGUGUCAGUCUCCUUUCACCUCGGCGAAUACGAGGUUGAUUUCCGAAUGCGUAGGCGGUCAUUUUAUGCCAUCAGGGGUAGCUCGCCGCCUACGCUCCGGAUGUGGGGGGUCGGCGAGGGCCUCGACCGGCAGCGACUCGCAGGACAGCGUGAAGUUACCCGGACACUCGAAUAGAUGAAAGACAAGGUGUUCAGGACCGUUCUUGUUGGCUUCGAGCUUGCCAAACAUGCAGGCCUUUGUCCCCAAGAACCGGAGACCUAGGUUCGAGUUGGUUCUAAGAAUCAUCGACCUCAACAAUGUCCCCCUCGUGAGCGGUACCGCUUUUGUCAAAUGGCGCUUGCCAUCAUCCAGUGCGACUGAACACCACGGCCAUACGGAUAAGGCAGUCAUCGUAGACCACAGGGCAUCCUGGAACUACGAGAAGGUCUUGCAGGUCAGGCUCACCAUUGACCGGAACCAGACCCUCCAUGAAUGCGAGCUUUACUUCGAGAUUAUCCAGGAAUUUGCGUCAGGGGGAAACAAUGAUAAGAACCUGUUGGGAAGGAUCAGACUCAAUCUGUCCGAAUACGUGGACAAGAGCGAUGAUGACGAGGGCAUCGUACGGAGAUACUUGAUGCAGGAUAGCAAGAUCAACAGCACGCUUAAAGUUGGCAUUGCUACUCGCCAAGUCGAAGGGGAUCGGAACUUUAUUACGCCGCCCCUCAAAUCAGCCAUGGUGUUUGGUGGAAUUGCGGGAGUUGUAUCCUCGGAACAAGGCGAACAUGACGAUCUGGGCCGGCUACCGACAAUUAACACUCAGAGCCGGGAAGUCACAGACAUGCAGGACAUGUACCGCCGCACGCUGGCUGCCUCUUGGAAUUCUCGAGCGGACGAUUUGCCGGCGGAUAAGCUGAUCGAAGAAUUAUUCUCUGGAGGUAUUAGCUGGGCCGACAGCCUCGAUGCUCGCGCCGAGAAAUCCGUCGAACAUCAUGCCGACCGACUGUCACCACACGGACAUCCAGGUGCAAGACAAGCUUUCUCAGACAAUCGAUUGUCUCCUCCUAGUUCUGAGAGACGGCCAAGAAGCUCUUCAAGCAAUCAUCUUCGGAAUGAUGCUAAGGGGACAGAGUUUGCCCCGGCCAUUGACCAUGCAAGGAAAGGCGGAAGCAUUGAGCAGCAACUGUAUGACAACCCCAAAGGGAAGGCUUGGAAGAAUCGUAGUUCGGAACUCGAAUUAUCCGAGUUCGAUGUGCGUGAGGACUUGCGGAGUUGGGAAGUAAUGAACCAGGACGCAGCAGGUCUGUUGUCCUGCCGACUGCUUCCAGAAUGCAGAGCGAGCUUCCUCCCUCCCUCACUGCGCCGGCGUAGUGUCGCUAUCCGGUUCGAAUCCACCGAAAGUGAUGCGAAAGACACGCCGCCGCCGCCUCCGCCUCCGCAUCGUCCUCCCCGACAUCGACGCCCUCAUAGAAGAAGCCGGGGUCAGAAGGUACCUAUCUCCGUGAGCACCCUCGGGAAUCCCGGUGAGGUCGUGGUCGUGCCGGAACGACAACGCCGCCAAUUACGCAAAGCGAAAGAGGAGCCGAAGGAAGUCACCGACAAGACUGCUCUUCCUCUCUUCUUGAAGGAAAUAGAGAAUGAUGAUGAUUACGUCGACAGCGAAUUGUUGAAAACCCGUGUCGAAAGUUUUCGUGCCAGUCACCAACCCCAACAUAAGUUGACCGUUGCCGAUUGGAAGGCUCUCCGGAAUGAGCUCCAAUCAUCCUUUACCUAUCGGCAGUUAUCAGACUACAUAGCAGAAACGAAAGAAGACGGUUGGAUUCAGGAUGGGACAAAAGCUACAAAAUGGUCACCCGGGGUUUCUGAGUUCGUUGAAACCGGCGAGCUUUCUUCUCGAAAAGGUGUCGCUGAUAGAGUCGCCCCGUCGCAGGCUCUUCAGGGAAAAUAUCUACUUGCUGAAAGGAUUCUCCGUGACUGCUGGCAUCUCGGAGUUCUCGAUGAAGUUGGUCAGCUAGAUAUUCAUCUUCCGACGCAAGCACUAUCUCUACUCCUCAACUCGCAACAUUUUUCUUUCGAAGAAUUAGCCAGCGUACAUGACGCAAACAUCGACGUCAUGCAUUCGCUUGGACUGGUGAGAAUCACAGGACGGCAGCGUACCUGUGAAUCGAUUUCUGAAAUUAUACAUGAUACCACUACUAGGGUUCGACAGGAAGACAUUGAAUUGCCACCAGAUGAAACCAGGACAAAAGUCAACAAUCGCAUCUUCACAUCCGAUUUUCUCUCAUGGGUGACCAAGACAUACAGAGUAGCGUUCGAACAAACCACCCCGCAUACGCCGACUCAGAUCUUCUAUCUUGUUGAGAACAAGCAGGAUGCAGACAAUGCACGCAGGGCCCUCAACCUAGCAUAUUAUGGCGCAACGGCUCCUCCUGUCCCUUUCAGCACUUACGUUCCCUCCACCGAACCGGCUAGUGUCCACAAUGUCGACCCGGAGCACAACACAACAUGGACCGACAGACAAAAGGCAUGGUUCCGCUGGGCCACACCAGCAACUCAGUCUCCGGAGAUAAGCCCGUUAGACACGCAAUUCUUCGAUAAUCACCAAACUCGCCUGUCGGACGAGCUUUUCAAGCUACUCCGACAAAAACAAGUCACUUACAACGCAAAGCAAGAAACUAGCGCGGAUGUUCAUGAAUCUGUGACAGCAGCAGUCGGCAAAUGCCUUUUCUUGCGCAAGCCAUUCUUCGAGGAGAGCUCAGUCAAUGCCUCUCAGCUCGGCAAAAUGUCACUCCCAAGGACAUUCACCACUGAUAUCCCUCGUGCGGCCCAAUUCCUCCGCAUGCUGGCCCCGCAAUCCGUAGACGAGCACCAGCAAGCUCAUCGCAUACGGCUGGUCCCAUCCGCCCUCAACGCCAACGUCUUCCCACAGCUAGAGCUCGAAGUCACGGCCAAGACCAACCGCCGACCCGACGACCCAAACCCGGAACUCGCCAUGCGCAGCGCAAAGCUAAUCCUAGCCGAAAGCAACGUGGACUACCUCCUCCCAGAGAACGGGCUCGAUCUCCGCUUCACCCGGAAACUCACCCGGGAGCUCCUCACCAGCCCCCCAGCUAGCUUCUCCCUCGAGGCUCUAGAAGACAGCCUCCGAAGCCUCUUCACCCGUUCCAUCACCAGCGACGGAGAACACCCUCUCCCCGCAUUCACCCAAGUCACCCUGCCCCGCGAGAUCCUGGGCCAGGACACAACCACCACAGAAUACAUGUUCCUCCCCGUCAGCGAUAUCAGAGGCACCCGGGUCCACCGCUACGAUUUCCGCGGCCAGCAGCUCAAUUACUCUUUCUACGAGAGCGGCUCGUUCAACCCUUACCAGACCUCGGACUUGUUUCUGAACAUGGACAUGGACAUGAUGAACGGUGAAGCUGCAUCGGGUGAAUCCGUCUCCGAGACGGAUGUUUCUCGCGACGCACUCAAGGACAAUUUCCACACUUUCUAUAAGACCGCUUGUGCGUUGGCCUUUGAGUUGGAUAAAGCUCGACGUCUAGAGGCGAGUUGGGAUAGUACCGGCGCUAUAUAAGUAUCUACCUUGGAGUGAGGUCGGUUCGCGAACCGUGUAUUUAUAGAUUUUUGAUGAUAU